AUGGAGAACAACUCGCAAACCCCCAGCUCUCAGCCCAGACCUAGCGGUCUUCCUCGGCCAUCGAGACUCCCGGUUCCCGGCCAGUCCAGGCUACCCGUCCCACGAUCGACCUCGCUCCGAACAUCGCCAUCCCGGGAAUCCUUGCCCACAGACUCUGGCCUAGCCGGAACCUCCUUGCAGAGUCCAAGACUUCGAUCAACCACUUCCCGCGACCAAUUGGCUUCUACCACAACGUCGAGAAGGCCCCAAUCCAUGCUGAUUGCACCUUCGAGGGUUGUUUCGUCUCCCCAUGCCAAUUGUCACGGCGCUGCUUCACGCCAGGGACAGCCCCCAGUACCUGCGAGUACUACCAGAACGACAUCUCGACACAGCACUUAUAUUUCUCCAUCCUCGUCGAGAACCUCCGUUGUGGGAUCUUCCAUUGCCACUUCUAGGACAAGCCAGACACCACGAACGCUAGCGCCCAAACGGCAACCCUCCCGUCAGUCUUUCUCGGCCUCCACAAGCAGCCAUGCGUUGCACGAUACAGAGUCGAUAGCCUCUGAUGACAGCCCAACUUCUGCGGUCAGGUCAAACUCGUCGUUGAUAGAGAGAACGAUCGAGACCUUGUCUCAGUUGCCCUCUUCGCCAUCGGUGAGGGGGAAAUCAGCUGCCUCUUUCUAUAGCGACGGUAUACCUAAGGGAAGAACUUCGUCAAGACCAACAAGUAGGCUUUCUCGACCUGGAUCGAGUCAUCAAUCACAUGAGUCCCUCGGUGCUUCGUCCACCCACGGAAGCAGGCCUGGCUCAAGGCUGGACAAUGAGGAUGAUGGCUCCAGCUUCCACGGGACAUACGGAUCUUUAAGGCCACGACAGAGCGUCCAAUCAUUCAAUGUGCCCGCAGUGAAGAAAGCCAUCCCACGGUCAUCUCGGAUGUCUCUAUACGGGGAUCUACCGUCCCCUGUCACCGAUAAUCACAGCCCCAAGACCCCGAGCCCCGAGAAGCCGAAAAGCGCAGCACCGCGCGCCCUUGCCAAGCGAACAUCUGUCUACGGCCUUUCGAAGAAGCCAUCUGUGGCCAACCUGGACAAGGGAACGCAAGGAGCGGCACCUAGAAAGGCAUCUAUGGCCUCGCAAAGGUCUGCGGCGACAUCUGUUGAAGGGAGUGUAUCGGCAUCAUCUGGAAGCACAGCAACCUCUGCCGAUACGACCGAGACGUCCCCAGCGCAAACCUACCGGAAGCCCUCAUCCACGUUGCGUGAGCAGAUCGCAAAGGCAAAGGCUGCGGCCAAGAAAGCUGCAGUACAGCCAAUCUCCGAGUCUGCCCCUGCCCUCAGGCAGAAGUCAUCUGGCUUCGGCUCUUUUGGUGACGACUUGGGCUUUGCCUCACACAAUGAUCCUUUCAACCAGCACAGGGAUGACCAGUCACAGGCCAAGGUUCUACAGGCACGUUUUGCUACUGCAAGAACCAGUGGCCGCCUCAACAUCGCUGCAAUGGGUCUCAAAGAGAUCCCGAUUGAGGUAUUGAAGAUGUUUAACCUCGAGGCUAUCGGCGCCACUGGAGGGGCUUGGGCCGAGUGUGUCGACUUGACAAGAUUCGUGGCUGCAGAUAACGAGCUUGAGAUGAUUAGCGAUACAAUCUUCCCCGAUGUUGAUCCACAGGAGAUGGUCGACGAUGAGGACAGCGAGGGCAAUAUUUUUGCAGGACUCGAGACUUUGGAUCUGCACGGAAAUAUCUUGGUGACUCUUCCAAUGGGUUUAAGGCAACUCCGUCUGUUGACCUCUCUGAAUCUGUCCUCAAACAGGCUGGCAAACAGCUGCUUGGAGGUAGUGUCGCAAAUCACCUCUCUCAGAGAUCUGAAGCUCGGCGGUAACCUCCUCUACGGUGAACUCGACCCUUGCUUUGCGAACUUGGAGAAUCUUGAGAUCUUGGACCUGCACGGUAACAACCUCUCUUCGCUCCCUUCCAACUUUGGCAACCUCUCCCGUCUUCGCGUUCUGAAUGUCAGCGAAAAUUCUUUCGAGUCUUUGCCGUUUGCUACCUUGGCGAAGAUGCCGUUGACCGAGAUCAACGCGCGCAAGAACCAGAUCAGCGGUACAUUGAUUGAUGAUUUGGUCGAUUCUCUCCCGUUCCUACAGACAUUGGACGUCUCAUCCAACCAGCUCAUCCAUCUUUGCUCCCCAACCAAGACCGUCACUAUGCCUGCUCUCCUCCAGAUUUGCCUUUCCAUGAACCGCCUCCAGGAUCUUCCCGACAUCGGCAGCUGGGCUAAGCUGCAUACGAUUGCCGCCGAUGAGAACAAUAUCAACGCUAUUCCGGAAGGUUUCACCAAACUGGAGCACCUGAAGUCCGUCGAUUUCUCGAGUAACGACAUCCGCAUUAUCCCUAAUGAGGUAGGACGGAUGGAGAACUUGACGAUGCUGCGACUCAGUGGCAACCCUCUCCGGGAGAAGAAGUUUAGCACGAUCAGCACGGAUGAGAUGAAGGGUAUUCUGGCUCUUCGGCUCGAACCACCUGAGGACACUUCUGUCCCCGAGGUGGCUUCUGUGGCUUCUGUCCCCGAGGUGGAGGUUGUCAGCCCCAGUGAUGCCGGCUUGGAGGGUUCUGAUCUUAAGGAUCUUUCCACGGAAACCACUGAGGCCUUGCCCGAGACUAAGGAAGCCCCGGUUGAGGACGACGCUCCUGAGCGAGAAGAGCCUAUUGUUACGACUAAUGCCACGUCUGAACACGACCAGCUUACUGCUGAGAGUGACGAUAUCGAUGACUGUCGAUCUGAUAUGGACCAGUUCGCGACACCUCCAACUUCUGCCCGGGCUUCUCCAGCCCAUUCCCGCUCCCAAACGCUAACUGAGGAGAUCUGGCCCGUUAAGUCCGGCGGAGUCCUCGACCGCUCUGGAACCCAGUCCUCUUCACUCCACCCUGUCAUUUCCUCGAAGGUCGCUGCCGAACACAAAGUUUUUGAAAUCCAGCUUCACCACAACCUCUUCACCGCGUUCCCCGAAUCGCUGUCUUCCUUUGCCGCGACUCUCACCGCUUUGAACUUGUCACACAACGAGCUCGUAGCUGAGAAAUACCUCGGCGGACCAAGCGGCAACGACCACCUUGAACUCCCCGCUCUCAAGGAACUCAACCUCAACCACAACCACAUCACUAGCCUGGCGCCCUUGGUUGCUCACCUGCGUGCCCCGAACUUGCAAAAGCUCGACGUCAGCUCCAACCGCAUCUCCGCUCUGCCCGCCGGCACCGCUCUCCGCGACGCGUUCCCGAACCUCACCGUCCUCACCAUCUCCAACAAUCACCUCUCGGAGCUGGAUCCGGAGUCGAUCAGAGGUAUGCAUGUGGUGGACGCGGCUAAUAACGAUAUUGCGCAUCUGAACCCUCGUAUUGGACUCCUGGGCGGAAGCGGUGGGUUGGAGAGGCUGGAUGUUAGUGGCAAUAGGUUCCGCGUGCCCAGGUGGAGCGUGUUGGAGCGUGGGACGGAGGCGACGCUUAGGUGGCUGAGAGGGAGAGUGCCGGCUGCGGAGAAGGCGGCGUGGAAGGGGAAGGAGGGUGGUGAUGAUGAGGAUUCGGAUUUGGAUUGA